AUGGCAGCCAAGUUCUUCAUUCUCGUCUCUCUGGCCGUCGCGGCCUCAGCCCUACCCGUCGUCCCACUUGCGCAAGUGGCCUACGCUGAACCCGAGGCGCCCGCACACUACGAGUUCCAAUACUCCGUCCACGAUGAACACAGCGGCGACAUCAAGCAACAACAUGAAGCCCGCGCUGGUGAUGCCCUUCAGGGCUCUUACUCCUUGGUACAGCCCGAUGGUGUACACCGCGUUGUGGACUACACCGCCGACAAAGAGCACGGUUUCAACGCCAUAGUUCGUUAUGAAGGACACCCCACUGCAGCACCAGCGAAGAUUGCUUACGCUUCAGCCCCCGUUGCAUAUGCAGCGCCAAAGUUUGCAUACGCCCCCCGUCGCCAAGGUUGCCUACGCCGCCCCCGUAGCCAAGGUCGCCUACUCCUCUCCUCUCACCCAAGUUACCUUCUCCUCUCCGGCCAUCUCCUACCACCACUAGACUGUAGAAUAAUGUUAUAUAUAAUUGUUAAAGUUGACCUAUUUAUUGGUACGAUGUAA